GGAAGGAGGCGUAGGCUGAGGAGGAAGAGGGAGGAGGGGCAGGGAAGUCCUGGCGGAGAAGAGGCCCAAGACUCCAAAGGAGACAACAGGAGUGUGCGUUGGAGUUCCCCAGCUGCCCAACAGCCGUUCCGGAUCCCCUAAGACACAAGUCAGACAGAGACGAAGGAAAGGAGGAAGAGACUUUUAUGUCGGCGGACAGAGAAGCUCUAUCCGUCACCGUUGCCUCACAUCCGGGGCUUUGGAGGGCUGGCCCCCGCGGCCCCGCCUCUCCUCCCGCCUUUCAUGGCGACCGGAGGCGGAGGCUGGAAGAGCUGGGCCUGGAAGAGGACCCUUUAAAUCUCCUUAAAGGGGUGGCCACUGAACUCGGCGGACUCCAACGCCAGCCUUAAAGGGGAAGCCGCUGAACAGAAGCUGACAAAUUAACUGCUGUUGGGAGAAUUGGGGCGAGUGCGGUUUCUCAGCUCCUUCUAUCCCUCCGCCCCGCAAGAAGUCCUUUAAAUUCUGCUUAAAGGGGAAGUGGCAGCUUGUGGCGGACUAGAAACUAACUCCUGAGCCCUUAAAGGGACGGCCUGCAGUUUGAAGGACCCUGGACUCUUUAAAGGGGUGGUCUCUUUUAGCCGGAGGACUUGAGACACUUUUAAAGGGGAGGUCUGCGUUUCGGGGCGAGCUUUCGGCCCCUUUUAAAGGGGUGGCCCUUCCUCUUCCUCGGGGAGACUUGUCUCGACCCCUGGCAGGGGGCGGCCACCGCACUCCGCCGGACACCGUCAGAUCGUCUUAAAGGAGCCGGGGGCUGGACAACUUGAGGCCUCGCUUUAAAGCGACGGCCGCCCGUUUUCGCCGUCGCGGCCCCGUCGGGCCCAAGGGGGGGCCCCUAGGGCUUGUCGACCCGGGGGCGGCGCCGGCUCCCCGGGCCUUGGCCUUGGGGCAAGCGCGGGGCCAGCAGAUCCUGCUUUAAAGGGGAAGCCGUGGCCCUCUCGUCCCUGUGCAGCCGUCAGCGCCGCGCCUGCGACCCCGGGCCUGCGGACAGGCCGCUUCGGGCCCCGCCGCCUCCGGAUGCGGCGCUGAGGGCGGUCGCCAUGGAGACGGCAGCGGCCGCGGCCCCGGGCCCGGGCUGGGCAGCUGACGGGGAGCGGCGGCGGCGGCGCUGCUCGCGCCGAGACCGAGACCGGGAGCAGCGGCGCCGCCGAGGUCCAGGCGGCGACGCGCCCCGGGCCCUGUUGGCCGCCCCGCGCGGCUCCUCGUCCUCGUCGUCACCGCCGCCGCCCGCCAGGCCUUGGUCGUCAGCUUCGUCUGGAGAGCGGCCUGGGGGCCCGAGACGGCGGCGACCUCGUCCCAGGCCUCGACCCCCGCGACCCCGAGCUCGAAAGCGGCCUGCCGGCUCGGGCAGCCGCGGGGAGGAAGAGGAGGAGGAGGAGGAGGGGGGCGCAGACGACGGGGAAGCCGAGGAGGAGCCUGAGGAGGAGGAAGACGAGGAGGAGGACUUGAUCGAUGGCUUCGCCAUCGCUAGCUUCGCCAGCCUCGAAGCCUUGCAGAAGGAUGCAUCUCUUCAGCCCCCAGAGCGACUGGAACAUCGGCUGAAGCAUUCUGGGAAACGGAAGAGGGGGGGCUCCAGUGGGGCCACUGGGGAGCCAGGGGACAGCUCUGAUCGGGAGCCUGGCCGGCCACCAGGGGAUCGGGCCCGAAAAUGGCCCAAUAAGCGGAGAAGGAAAGAGGCCUCCUCCCGUCACUCUCUGGAAGCUGGAUACAUAUGUGACGCGGAAAGUGAUCUGGACGAGAGGGUCUCCGAUGAUGACCUCGACCCAUCUUUUACUGUCUCAACCAGCAAAGCCUCGGGCCCCCAUGGCGUCUUCAAUGGGAACUGUGAAGCAAAACUCUCCGUGGUCCCUAAAGUGUCGGGCCUGGAGCGGAGCCAGGAACAGCCCCCGGGGCCCGACCCGCUGCUAGUGCCUUUCCCCCCAAAGGAACCACCGCCUCCACCGGCCCCUCGGCCUCCUGUCUCACCCCCUGCACCCCUGCCGGCCACCCCCAGUCUGCCACCCCCGCCCCAGCCCCAGCUGCAGCUUCGGGUCUCGCCCUUCGGCCUCCGCACUUCUCCCUAUGGCAGCAGCCUGGACCUCAGCACUGGCAGCUCUUCACGGCCGCCCCCCAAGGCCCCGGCCCCUCCCGUGGCUCAGCCUCCCCCCUCAUCAUCCUCUUCGUCCUCCUCCUCCUCAUCUGCCUCCUCCUCGUCCGCGCAGCUCACCCACCGGCCCCCGACGCCCUCACUGCCCCUGCCUUUGUCCACCCACGGCUUUCCCCCCCCCGGGCUGCGGCCCCCCCCACCACCCCACCACCCUUCCUUGUUCUCCCCUGGCCCCACCCUGCCCCCACCCCCACCCCUGCUGCAGGUGCCAGGGCACCCUGGGGCCUCAGCCGCUAACGCCCUUUCUGAGCAGGACCUGAUGGGCCAGGACCUGAACUCUCGCUACCUGAAUGCCCCGGGUGGCCCUGAGGUGGUGGGGGCAGGGGGCUCGGCCCGGCCCCUGGCCUUCCAGUUCCACCAGCACAACCACCAGCACCAGCACACCCACCAGCACACCCACCAGCACUUCACCCCUUACCCCCCGGGCCUGCUGCCACCCCACGGCCCCCACAUGUUUGAGAAAUAUCCAGGAAAGAUGGAAGGCCUUUUCCGACAUAAUCCGUACACGGCCUUCCCUCCCGCAGUGCCUGGGCUACCUCCGGGCCUCCCGCCGGCUGUCUCCUUUGGCUCCCUGCAGGGGGCCUUCCAGCCCAAGAGCACGAACCCUGAGCUGCCACCACGACUGGGGCCAGUGCCAAGCGGGCUCCCCCAGAAGGGGACACAGAUCCCCGACCAUUUCCGGCCACCUUUGAGGAAACCAGGGAAGUGGUGUGCCAUGCACGUGCGCGUGGCUUACAUGAUCCUGAGACACCAGGAAAAGAUGAAGGGUGACUCCCACAAGCUUGACUUUCGGAACGACCUCCUGCCCUGCCUUCCGGGGCCCUAUGGGGCCCUGCCCCCUGGGCAGGAGCUCUCCCACCCGGCCUCCCUCUUCACUGCGACUGGUGCCGUCCAUGCUGCAGCCAAUCCUUUCACGGCAGCUCCCGGGGCCCACGGACCCUUCCUGAGCCCCAGCACCCACAUUGAUCCCUUUGGGCGUCCCACAAGCUUCGCCUCCUUGGCUGCCCUCUCCAACGGGGCCUUUGGAGGCCUGGGCAGCCCCACAUUCAACUCCGGCGCCGUCUUUGCCCAGAAAGAAAGUCCAGGGGCUCCACCAGCCUUCGCCUCCCCGCCAGACCCAUGGGGCCGCCUGCACCGCAGUCCUCUGGCCUUUCCUGCCUGGGUCCGGCCCCCUGAGGCCGCCCGGACACCAGGCUCAGACAAGGAGCGGCCUGUGGAGCGGAGGGAGCCCUCUAUCACCAAGGAGGAGAAAGACAGGGACCUCCCCUUCUCCCGGCCCCAGCUCCGAGUUUCUCCUGCUACUCCCAAGGCCCGGGCUGGCGAGGAGGGGGCCAGGCCAGCCAAGGAAUCCGUGCGGGUGAAGGAAGAACGAAAGGAGGAGGCUGCUGCCGCUGCCGCCGCUGCUGCCGCUGCUGCUGCCGCUGCUGCAGCUGCUGCAGCAGCCACCGGCCCUCAGGGCCUUCACCUGCUGUUUGAGAGGCCCCGGCCGCCCCCCUUUCUGGGCCCUAGUCCACCAGAGCGCUGUGCUGGCUUCCUGGAGCCAACCUGGUUGGCAGGGCCCCCACGCCUUGCUAGGCCACCUCGCUUCUAUGAGGCGGGUGAGGAGCUUACUGGACCAGGUGCCGUGGCUGCUGCCCGCCUCUAUGGUCUGGAGCCUGCUCAUCCCCUGCUAUACAGCCGCUUGGCUCCUCCGCCGCCACCUGCCGCGGCCCCGGGAACCCCUCACCUUCUCAGCAAGACCCCACCAGGAGCCCUUUUGGGGGCACCACCUCCACUUGUACCCGCCCCACGGCCCAGUUCCCCACCUAGGGCCCCUGGCCCAGCUCGGGCUGACAGGUGAGGGAAGGGGAGGGGCAGGGGCAAAGCUCCAUCUCCCCUUUCCUUUUGACAAGGUCCUAGGGCUGAGGUUUUAAGCCAGGGCUGGAGGGCAAAGGUCAUAACCUCACCAGCCACCUCUGAGGUCAUGGAACCUGGGAGCAGAAGCCCCAACCCCCACAAGAUAAGCAUCACAUGGACCCUGGGGUCACUGGUAGAGCAGAGGUCACAAACCUCUAGAGAGAGAAAGUUGUGUGUGUGUGUGUGUGUGUGUGUGUGUGUGUAUGUGUGUUUACAUGAGUGUGGGGGUCAUUUCAGAGGUCAUAGCUCAUGAUCUCCUGAGGUGCACCAUCACGCCCUCUGAGGGCCUCGAGGUCCUUGGCCUGCCUCCCCAAGGGCUCACUAAGCCAGAGGCCAAAGUGCCCCCUCCUCUUCACCGACCACCCAAGUCCUCAUGCCCUCCUAGGGCUGGGGGAGGAGGGGCUAAAGGAAGAGGGGUUCCAUGUACAUAUUUAUCACCCCUUCCAUGUAGCCCCCGAGACCUUUUGUACAUUUUUACAGGGGUGCCCCUCCCAACAGUCCCCUUCCUGGUUAAUUAAAUCCUCAGACUGGUGCUGUGUUCCUAGCCUCUGGCCUCUCUAUGGGGGAAGGCGGGGAUUGCAGGGGAAGAGCUGGGAGGGGUCAGGCAGGAACCCAGGGCUUCUCCCUGGGAAUGUGGGGUCCAGUAGGAGGUGGACCAACAGGGGAAGGGACCUAGGGACCUAGGCUGAAGGGAAAGGCAAAUACUUCCUGCUUGGCUGACAGCCCAGGUUCCCCCCAUUUGUUCCUGUUAACUCUGUGCUCCCACCCUCAAAAGGCUCAACCUCUAAGCCUCAGGCUCCACCACCUCUUAAUGGCUCAAUCCCCCUCACCCCAUUUCCAAGUGCCCCCAGGACUCCUGGGCCCUGCUUCCCUGAACCCUGUUCUCCAAAACCCUGCCCUGGGUAAGGGGGGCCGGAGAAGGUCACCAUGUACCACACACCAAAGAAGGGGGUCGGCCCAGGGGUGGGCGACACGGGCAGCUUCAGCAGCCUCACGGCAGCAGCCCCAACCUUCCCAAAGCAACAGGCGCCUCUAGGCUGGGGCCCGACCUAGAAGGCAGGGGUCAGUUUAACCAAACCAUACGUUGACUUUUUUCCCUGGUGGGGCUUAUUCUGUAACAUGACUUGCGGAUAUUUAUAUAAAAAUGAGUGUUACAAUGAG